AUGGCAAAUUCUCGCAUUGCAAAGUUUUUCAUGGAGGUGGCACCACCACAAUAUACAACUGUGAUGAGGCGUAGAACAUCAAAGAUGAUGGAAACAAUUACUGAAGAUGAUAGAGAGAUCAGCUUGAGUAAUAGUGUAAUUUCAACACCUAAAAGUUCAUCAGCUAUUUCAGCUUCAUCACUAGCUGCUUCUGCUUGUACAUCUUCUUCCACCAAUGCAACUGUUAAUAGUAGAUACUUUCUAAAGGAAGUCCAUAGAACACUCUCAAGUUUGAAUCACUGA